GUGGCGAAUUCCUCGCACCCCUGCACACGCGUUACCCCUUAUUUCCAGGCUGACUGGGGCCUGCCCCGCGGCGCGAGGAGCAACCGGCGCCCGCCCGCCCGCCAGUCAGCGCCGCGCGGGAGGCGGCGGUGCCCGGAUGCAGCAGCGCAGCGCGCCCGACCCCAAGAUGGCGGCGCCGAGCAAGCAAUAUGGGCUUAUUUUGCCCAAGAAAGCAUUGCAGAAAACUCUGAUGGUGAAGAAACAUUCAGUCUUUGCAGAUGACUCUGAUGAAGAGACAUCUGUGGGCGAGAGUCUACAAAAAGAAGCAUUAAAAAAGCAAGUAAUGAAGCAAACCAAACUUGAGAUUCAGAAGGCCUUGGCAGAAGACUCCACAGUGUAUGAAUAUGACAGUAUUUAUGAUGAAAUGCAGCAGCAGAAGAAAGAAAGUAAUGCCAAAGUACUCUCAGGAAAAGAUGACAAAAAGCCCAAAUACAUCCAAAAUAUCCUCAAAGCAGCUGAGGUAAGAAAGCAGGAGCAGGAAAAAAGAAUGGAAAAAAAAAUUCAGAAGGAGCGUGAAAUGGAAGGGGAAGAGUUUGAUGACAAAGAGGCCUUUGUGACAUCAGCCUAUAAGAAGAAACUGCAAGAAAGGGCUGAGGAGGAGGAAAGAGAAAAAAAGGAAGCAGCACUGGAGGCAUGCCUGGAUGUGACCAAACAGAAGGAUCUCAGUGGAUUUUAUAGACAUCUUUUAAACCAGACAGUGGGGGAAGAAGAGGUGCCCAAAUGCAGCCUCCGUGAAGCCAGGAUAAAGGAAGAAAAAUCUACCACUAAUUCAGAUGAAUCCAUCCAAAGAAACAAAAGUCCAGAUGAGAGACCAAGACUUAGAACCCCUGCUAAGGAAGAGGAUAACCCAGAUGCGGACAGUGACUUAGGAAGUGAUAGUAGUGAUGAUGAUCAUAAAAAUAGCAGAGCUAGUUCUAAAAAGAAGGAAAGUCGAGACAGCUCUGAGAGCAGUGAGAAGGAUUCCAAACAUCACAGGAGCCGGAAACACUCCAGCUCAUCAGAGUCUUCCAGUGAGGAGGGAAGUCACCACACAAAAACCCAUAUAAAUCGUCCUAGGAGAGGAGAGAGUGGAACAGGUAGAAGGGAAAAAGAUGAUCACCACAAAGAAAGGGAUCAUGAGAGAAGAGAUAGAAAUCAGGAAAGGGAUCGCCGGAGGGAAAAGGAAGAGCGACAUAGAUAUGGGGAUCAUACCAGUAAAGAUAACUACAGAAAGAGGGAUGAGCCGGAGGACAAACAGAGGGGGAAAGAUAAAAAAGAGACAGAAGGAUAUGACAAAGAAGGUAGGAAAGAGAAAGAGAGGGAGGACAAGAAUUCAGAAAGGGAACGAGAAAAAGAGCGACUAAGAAAUGGCAAAGACAGAUACAGUGAUAGAGAAAGAGGGGAAAAAUGCAGAGAAAAGGAGGAACAUUUGAAGGAAAAGAGAGAGAGAGAUGACAAAGAUGACAAGAAAUACAGGGACAGGAAAGAAAGUAGUCCUCGAGCCUCAGAAAGGGACAGGGACAAGAAGCAAAGUAGCCCUAGAUCCUUAGAAAAAGACAGACAGUGUGACCAGGAAAAAGAGACAAAGGCAAAGGACAGAAAGAGUAAUGAUGAGAGAAUCUCAUGCUCUGAAAGAUUUCCUGAGCCAAAAGGUGAGGAUGAAGAAGAAGGGCAAAAAGGUGCAGAGCAGAUAGAAAAAAAAUCUCUGUGUGUGAGCAAAUUUGCCAAGCGGAGCAGUGAAGAGACAGUGGUAUCAGCAAGAGAUCGCUACUUGGCUAGGCAAAUGGCACGAGUUAGCACAAAAACCUAUAUCGAGAAAGAAGAAGAUUAGCUUCAUUUCAGUGGCCAUAAACCAAGAGAUGAUCCACUUUCACUGGUGGAAAAAUCACUGCAGCAGGAACUCUGUGUUGAAGUGAAAGUAUUUCCUGGCCAUUUAUUUCUGGGUUUUUUUAAACUCAGUAAUUUAAUAAAACAAACUUCUGUUUUGAAA